UAGUUUUCUCUAUCUACGUAUACAUUUGGUUGGAUAGUGAACGAAACGAAGUGAAGUGAAUGUGUAUUGCAAUUAUUUUAAAAGUAUUUUAAUGUCGGUCAGGCUGAAAUUAACAUAUAAUUGAAAAAACAUUGGCAUUUUUUUUGCAGUUUAACAGAAUAAUAAAAGAAUCUUCCUGAACGCCGGAAAAGCAAUAGAAAUGUAAUUUUAAAUGAGCUUAAGUCGUCGUUUUCGGGUAGUAUCUACUUGCUGUGUGUACCGGUGGUGGAAUAUUUUGGAUAAUAUAAAAAAAUGGCAUCUGAAAAAGACCAAGUCAUUCAAGCACUCAGAGCUACACUAAUAUCAGUCAAAGGAGCUCUUACGAUAAAGCAAUGCAAUCGAGACUACCGCGAAUUACAAGGAGAAUUUAUACCAUUUAAAAAAUUAGGAUAUCCAUCGUUAGAUAAAUUAUUUUUAGAUGUUCCCGGAUUUAAAGUUACAAAUUUAAAUGGUGAAUGGUUUGUGGAUGCUAUAGCAAGCCAAGAAACGCAACACAUAGCUGAUAUGGUGUCUCGUCAGAAAUCGAGUAAGAAAGCAAACUUGAAAUUGUCUCAUCCAAACCGCUUUCCUAAAAAGCAAGGAUCAUGGAGGAAACCUGUUCAAUCUUCAACCUAUGCCACAAACAAUAAUCAGUAUUCAAACCAAUACUACCGGGCAAAAAGCGGAACAUCUUAUAAUCAUAACUACAAUGGAAAUAAGUUCAACCCAAAAUAUAGCUACAAAACGAACGAAACGAAAAAUUCAUAUCAACAUUCAAAGCCUGUUACGAGAUCUUUAAGCGACCACUCUGACAAAGCUGCAACGAAUACCAAUACGAAAAGUCACAAUACUCAAAGUCGAGAAUCGACAAAUGAAGAAGUAGGCGUUCUUAAACAUUCCACACGUUCUGAGACUGAUGUUAAACAAAGCAGUAAGAUAUCUGCAUCACAGAGACUGUCUAAUUUAAGAGAUCGACUUAAUACUGUAGACCUUAUACCAUUGCAGUUACCAGCCGCAAAUAAUGAGUGUCUGGAAAGUAGUGGCCCAGUUACAAGUGUGGUCCCUGCGCAUAAUCUAGAACCACCUCCAAAUUCAACAUCAGUGAUAAAAUUGGAGUGGACGUGUCGUAAACUGGGAUUACCACAGCCGGUGUAUAAGGUUUACGAUAUUCGACAAAAGUGUGAACCUGUCAUUUAUGACUGCACAGUUAAAGUGGGUGCGACGUACACUGCCUCUUCGUAUCCCGAUUCUUCCCCGUCUGAAGAGUUGGCGAAGGAAGUCGCGGCGGUGAAGCUGCUGGGCAUGAUGGAGGGCGCGGGCUCUGGCAACCUGCCCACCUCCGCGCCCGCCAGCGCGCUCGCGGGCCUCGUGCUGCUCGUGGCCGAGCACGAAGCGGGGCUGUGGGCCAACAUGGUGCCGCAUCUCUACAGGCAAAAGUUUUCUGAAAAUUUACCAAAAAACUGGCAGGAGCUCAUUGAAAGUUGUCCGAAAAUUAUAAAAGAUAGAGUUGUUAAUGGGCUUUUAGUACUUCUUCCCAACAAAGAGGAAGUGCCACUGCCAUAUAUAGAAUCAAUUUCUUUGGAAGAUGUCAAAGAUAACGAUUUGCCUCCGCUUCAGUUCCCAGAAGACGAUUAUUGGAAUGUCUAUAUCACUGUGGCUAAUUCGACAUUAGAAAUUUGGUUAAGGAUUAUUGGACCAGAAUACAGCGAUGCCUUUGAAUUACUAUUGGCUGACAUGGCAAAUUACUACGAACAUUCCGGGACGAUUGUCGAUAAGUCAAUGAUCAUCAAAAAUGCAUGGUAUGCUGUGAAUUUGGACGAUGGCGGAUGGCAAAGGGCUAAAAUAUUAGAGAUCGAAGAAGAUAGUGCGACGGUAUUUUUGGGCGACCACGGCGAUGAUGACGUAGUGAUUUUAAAUAAAAUUAAGAUUCUCGAACCACAAUUUAGGAGAUUACCGGCUCAGGCGGUGCUGUGCCGCCUGGAGGGCGCGGAAGAGUUGUCGGCGUGCGAGGCGGGCGCGGCGCUCGUGCGGCGGCGGCUGCCGGGCGAGGUGCUGGUGGCCGCGCCCGUGCCGCGCCACGACCCGCACGACCCCGCCGUCGCGGUCGUCCUCUACGACACCUCGACGCAGCGCGAUCUUAAUCUCAACAAGGAGAUCGUGCAGGACUUUUGUAUCUCCGGCGCUUUCACCAUUACCCAGAAGCCGUGCGAGGUGGAGGUGGGGUGCGUGAGCGAGGAGGGGCGCGUGUGGGUGUCGCGCGCGGGCGGCGCGGCGGCCGUGCGCGCGGCGCUGGGCUUGCUGACGGCGGGCCCGUACCGCCGCCCGCUGCCCGCCGCGCCGCCCGCGCCGCCGCCCGCCGCCGCGCUCUACAUCGUGCGCACGCUCGCCGGCGACUGGGUACGGUGCACAAUAAUCAGCGGCUUGGACGGCGAGGGCACGGUGCGCACGCAGCUGGUGGACAGCGGGCUCAUCCUGCGCGCGCCGCUCUCCUCGCUCGUGCCGCUGCAGGCCUUCUCGCCCGCUCUCAACGCCUACCCGCCGCAGGCUAUACAAGUCCGCCUGGGCGCCGCGGAGGCGGCGGGCGCGGCGCUGGUGGCGCGCCUGCGCGAGAUGCUGCUGGACAGCGUGGUGGUGUGCCGCGCGCUGCCGCCGCCCGCGCCGCCCGCCACGCCCGCGCCGCACGUGGAGCUGUUCGUGAGGCUCGGCCCGCAGAAUAUGCUCGCCUCCGUCAACAACGCCAUACUCAUGGAGUACGAAUACCUGCAACUUGGUAAAGAAAAAGCAGAGGAGAAAGAAGAGAAGCAGACGCCGAACCCGGUGGAGGCGUUAAACAAGAAGAAGGAGCGCAUCUUCCCCGCGGCGGCGCGCGCGGGCGCGGACGCGCUGCCGCCGCCCGCGCUGCCCGCGCCCGGCCAGUGCCUCGACGUCUACGUCGCCAUGGCCGCCAACCCCUGGAACUUUGUGAUACAGCCGAACAGAACAAGGCACACUCUCCAAAGCAUGAUGUCAACUUUACAAUCAGAAUGUCCGAAACUGGCGGAAUCAGAAGCACCUGUAAAUCCAGCCAGUGGCGAGUUAUAUACAGUUUACUAUGAAAAGGAUUCGUCGUGGUACAGGGUAACGGUGGCAGGAACUGUCUCUUCAGAGAUGGUGUCAGUGUACUUCUGUGAUUACGGAGAUCUGGCUUUGUUCCCGACGAAGGCAUUGCGACCCGUGCCGCCCGGCGCUCCGCUGGCGCGGUCGUUGCCGCCUCAAGCCAUCAAAGCUCGUUUACACGAUGUGUUGCCUCUCCAUCAAGACUGGACUGUAGAAGACUGUAUUCGGUUUCAAGAAUUGUGUGUUGACCAACAGUUUGUUGGUAUCUGCAAGGACGUUGGAAAAGACCCAUUAAAUGCAAACGAACCAUUGCUAACACUAGAUCUCAUAGAUACUUCUACAGUUGAGGACAUUUAUUUAAACAAACAAUUAGUCGCCGAAAAUAGAGCACGUUUAGCUUCCGCUUCAUAAAUAACCAUCGUGUAUACAUAAUUUGCUUAUCAUAUAACUGAGUAUUAUCAAAAUAAUGGAACAGCGUAUGCUAUGUAAGUUCAGAUCUAUUUGUUAAUUCUUUUUUAGGUUAUGUAGUUAGAGAUUUGUUUGAUUGUGUUUAUUAUCUGAGAUGUUUUGAAUAGUGUCUGUAAUUGAAAGUUAUGAUUUCCUUCUUCCAGUAAGAACUUUAUCACUUGUUAAUGUUAUGUUUAUAAAUUGUAAUACUCUGUUAGCAUAAACAUUUUAUAUAUAAUGCACAUACCAGUCAACAGUUGUUUUUACUCUGUCACAUAUCUGACUUAUAUUACGUAGAUAGUAUUAAGAAAUAAUAUUCCAUGUACUCGUAAACUGCCAAUUAUAAAGUUAUAAAGGUGUAUAACAUGUGCAAUGUAUAAAACAAUCAGUUUUCUUAAUUUUGUUGUGUAUCUGAGGUAAUCUUUAUGUUUAAAUACGAAACCACAGCAAAUCAGCUGUGCAUUGAACAUUUUCUGAAUUAAUAUUUUUAUUGCAGUUUCACUCAAACUUUAUAAUUGGCUCCAAGGCUUUAUAAACAGUAACUUAUAUGAAUUCACUUGAAAAAGAAUAAAAGUGUCCAUAGCA